AUACGAGUCUAGGGCUUCUUCUUGAACCAAAAGUUUUAACAUUUAAGAGUGUCUUUUAUAUCUUGACGACGGUUUUGUUCUUGCUCUCUGUGUGGAAGGCGGCUAGCUAAAACAACUGAUCCGACAAUGCCUAAGCAAAUCCACGAGAUCAAGGACUUCCUUCUCACAGCUAGAAGGAAAGAUGCUCGAUCAGUGAAGAUCAAGAGGAGCAAAGACAUUGUGAAAUUCAAGGUCAGAUGCUCAAGGUACCUGUACACGCUCUGCGUCUUUGACCAAGAGAAAGCCGACAAGCUUAAGCAGUCUCUUCCUCCAGGUUUGAGUGUGCAAGACCUUUGAAGAUGAAGCCAUGUUUCCGUGAUGAUGAUGAAUCCAUGCUUCUUCUUUAUAAGUUUUCUUAGGAGAAAAUGUUUUGUGUCGUUACAUUAUGUUUCAGACGUUUACAUUAUGAGUGUGCUUUUGGAUUUAUUCAGUUUAAAAAAAAUCAAAUACGGUCUCGCUCUGGAUUAAAUUUUCUUAGGGUUCUAAAAAU